GCAAACCAAGCGAACGUGCUUAAAUAGGAGAAUGUGUGUCUGUGAAUGUUUUACAGAUUUAGAAAUUUCGACCACUGUGUUAUAGAUAUUUUGAUUCUGCAGCCGGUUAAAGCACAACAUGUCAGACAGUGAUGCGAGUAACAUUUCUGAUCAUGAUAGUGGCGGGGAGGACGAGAAUGAUGGAGCAGCAAGCCCAGCCCAUAGUGAAGCCAGUGAAGCUCACAGUGAUGAAGCUAGUGUAGCUGAUGAAGAGGAACCUGAAGGAGAAGAUAUUGGUAUUUCCGAUGAGGAUGAUGAGGAGGAAGGACCCAGGAGGAAAAAGCCAAGACACGGAGGCUUUAUUCUUGAUGAGGCUGAAGUUGAUGAGGAAGAAGAGGAUGAUGAAGAAUGGGAGGAAGGAGCACAGGAUCUCAUUGAUAAAAAGUCUAUUGCUGGCGAGCCCAGUUCCCGGGAGAUGGAGGGAGCGAGGCGAUUGGCUCACAUGUGGAGCACGCAGAGAGAAGAUGAAAUCGAAGCCUACUACAAAAAGAAGUACGCUGGCUCCUCUUCUCAGCGGGGAACAACUGAAGGAGAUGCUGAUCUCUCAGAUGACAUCACUCAGCAAGGAUUGCUGCCAGGAGUCAAGGAUCCCAACCUGUGGAUGGUAAAGUGUAGAAUAGGUGAAGAAAAAGUUACGGCUCUGCAGCUAAUGCGGAAGUUUAUUGCAUACCAGCACACGGAGGAGCCAUUGCAGAUCAAGGCAAUUGUGGCAGUUGAGGGUUUAAAGGGUUAUCUGUAUGUGGAGGCUUUUAAGCAAACCCACGUAAAGCAAGCUAUAGAAGGUAUAGGCAACCUGCGCAUAGGCAUCUGGAACCAACAGAUGGUACCAAUUAAAGAAAUGACAGAUGUCUUAAGGGUUGUAAAAGAGCAAGUUGUGCUAAAGCCAAAGUCAUGGGUCCGACUGAAGCGAGGCAUCUACAAAGAUGACAUUGCACAGGUUGAUUUCGUAGACACGGCUCAGAAUCAGGUGCAUUUAAAGCUCAUUCCACGAAUUGACUAUACUAGACCGAGAGGAGCUCUGCGUACUGGAAAUGAUCCAAUUGAGAAGAAGAAAAGGAAGCCAUCACAGAAAUUGUUUGAUGUUGAUGCAGUUAGAGCCAUUGGGGGCGAGAUCACGACAGAUGGCGACUUUCUUGUCUUCGAAGGAAACCGUUAUAGCCGGAAGGGCUUCCUAUUUAAAAAUUUUGCCAUGUCUGCUAUAGUUGCUGAUGGUGUUAAACCAAGCCUGUCGGAGUUGGAGAAGUUUGAAGAUCAACCAGAAGGCAUUGAUGUUGAAUUGGCAACGACAGCUGGGAAGGAAAACAAAGGACACAGUCUCUCUCCAGGAGAUGUGGUAGAGGUCGCGGAAGGCGAGCUUGUUCACCUACAGGGCAAAAUCAUCAGUGUCGAUGGCAACAAGAUCACCAUCAUACCAAAACACGAAGACCUGAAGGACCCAUUGGAGUUUCCUGCACAUGAGCUAAAGAAGUUCUUCAAGAUGGGCGACCAUGUUAAGGUCAUCUCUGGUCGGUUUGAAAAUGACACAGGUCUGAUUGUGCGAGUAGAAGAGAACCUCAUUGUGUUGUUCUCUGAUCUCACCAUGCAUGAGCUGAAAGUUAGGCCUUCAGACUUACAGCUGUGUGAAGAUAUGGCAACCGGUGUUGAUUCCCUAGGUCAGUUCCAGUGGGGCGACCUAGUUCAACUUGACCCUCAAACAGUUGGGUGCAUUGUAAGGCUUGAGAAGGAAAAUUUCCAGGUGCUCACAAUGCAUGGAAAGAUUGUCAGUAAGAAGCCGGCAGCGAUCACGAAAAAGAAGGACAGCAGGUUCGCUGUGGCACUUGACUUUGAGCAAAACAGUAUUAGAGUCAGAGACAUAGUCAAGGUUAUUGAUGGCCCACAUUCGGGUCGACAGGGAGAGAUUAAACACCUUUACCGAAGUUACGCAUAUCUUCAUUCUCGUCUAAUGACAGAAAAUGGCGGCAUAUUUGUAUGCCGCACCAAACAUCUGUCGCUCGCUGGAGGAUCACGGCCUUCAAACACGCUCUCGAUGACUGGAGUGUUUGCACCGAUGUCUCCACGGCUGUCCAGCCCAAUGCACCCGGGCGGCGCCGGUGCUGGCCAACCUCAAGGAGGUGGAAGAGGAAGAGGCCGUGGUUUCGCAGGUCGAGACAGAGAAAUUAUUGGGCAGACAGUACGAGUGGUACAAGGGCCGUUCAAAGGACACAUUGGAAUAGUGAAAGAUGCCACUGAGACUUUGGCCAGGGUGGAACUUCACUCUGGCUGCAAAACAAUAUCCGUCGAUAGAACAAGAUUAACCAUACUUACAGGCCAGAAGAACACGGGUGGUGUGUCGACGUAUACAAAGACGCCCAUGUAUGGUUCGAACACUCCGAUGUAUGACAGGGCGGCUGGUGGUCGUACACCGCUGUAUGGCUCCAUGACACCGAUGUACGGGGAUGCUGGAAAUCGUACACCACACUAUGGUAGUCAGACACCGCUACAUGAUGAUGGCAGCAGAACGCCAGGGCGCUCAGGUGCGUGGGACCCAACUAAUGCCAACACACCAGCGCGUGGCAAUGAUUACGAUUAUCACUUUGAUGAGCCAUCUCCAUCACCGAGUGCCUACGUCGGAACUCCUAAUCCUGCCACUCCUGGUUACCAGCCAGACACACCGACACAGGGACCGUUCACCCCACAAACGCCUGGCAGCGCUGGAAUGUAUGGCAGCGACCACACAUAUUCACCAUACCAAGGAACACCUUCCCCAUCAGGCUUCAAUCCGACAGCCAGUCCAGGAUAUGUGUCGACACCUAGUCCAGCAGGCUACCAGCAUUCUCCAUCUCCUGGGGGUUAUGCAGGCACACCAUCACCAAUGGGUUAUAGCCCAAUGACUCCUGGUGCACCCUCACCAUUUGCUCCAACAACACCUGGUACAGGCCUAGAUACUCUUGGCGGGGCAGACUGGCAAACAACAGACAUACUGGUGGCCAUCAAGGACACACAUGAUGACUCUGCUCUCAUCGGUCAUGUUGGUAUCAUCAGAAGUGUAUCGGGUGGAAUGUGUUCCGUGUACAUGACUGACCAAGAUAAGAUGAUCAGUGUGCUUGGGGAACAUUUGGAACCGGUUACACCUGAAACUGGAGACAAG